AUGAAUGAAACUAGACAUGUAUCUUCCUCCACACCAAGAAAAUUAAAUACCUACUCCUCUUCUUCUUCAACAAGUCCUUCACAGCAACAACAAUCAGAAUGUUCAACAUCAUCCUCUACAUCGGUUGAAGGAACAACCAUACCAGCUGCCACAUCAAACUUUGGAAGCACGAGAAUAACAAUUACUAAAGAGGAUAUGAGUCGUUACUUUAAUGCACCACAAGUCAUGGCUGCUCGAUUAUUGAAUGUCAGUGUGUCAACUCUCAAGAGAAGAUUUUAUGAAAUGUAUGAAGGGAGGUGGCCCUAUCAAAAAAUGCCAACACAAGAAAGAAAGAAAACCAUCUGGUAUUACAUUAACGAGGAAGAUGAACCUGAAAAGAACAUUUCAGAUCAUAGUUUAAGAGUGUUAAAUUUAGCAUUUACAGACCCAACUCAGCCCAAAGUCAUUUUCUUUCCUGAGGAAGCUAAAGUGGAUAAACCUCGUAAAAAGGAUAUCACAUUCCUGAGCUAUGUUCCACAAAGUGGAUCAGGUGAAGGAAAUUUGGAAAAUGUAACCAAAGACUUGGGUAAAUUAAAAGGAGGUUCUCGUCAAAAGUACUCUCUUGUUGGUGUUACUGGUGUUAAAAAAACUAGAAAGAUGACUUCUAAAAAAAAGUGA